GCCUCUCGCAGCCUGCCAGCCGCGGCGUGCGGACUCGCUGCUCCAGCCUCCGGCCACGUCCCAUCCUACCGCCUUGAGCAGCGGAGAAAAGAUUAGAGAUUUUCUUGCCCCAUACACACUUUUGAAGCGGGCAAAAUUUUAAAAUUUGAACCAUGAGGGAGAUCGUGCACAUCCAGGCGGGUCAGUGUGGCAACCAGAUUGGUGCCAAGUUCUGGGAGGUGAUCAGUGAUGAACAUGGCAUCGACCCCACCGGCACCUACCAUGGGGACAGCGACCUGCAGCUGGACCGCAUCUCCGUGUAUUACAAUGAAGCCACAGGUGGGAAAUAUGUCCCUCGUGCUAUCUUGGUGGAUCUAGAACCAGGUACCAUGGACUCUGUUCGCUCUGGUCCUUUUGGCCAGAUCUUCAGACCAGACAACUUUGUUUUUGGUCAGUCUGGGGCCGGGAACAACUGGGCCAAGGGCCACUAUACAGAGGGGGCUGAGCUGGUCGACUCGGUCCUGGACGUGGUGCGGAAGGAGGCUGAGAGCUGCGACUGCCUGCAGGGCUUCCAGCUGACCCACUCGCUGGGCGGGGGCACAGGCUCUGGAAUGGGCACCUUGCUCAUCAGCAAGAUCCGUGAAGAAUACCCCGACCGCAUCAUGAACACCUUCAGCGUGGUGCCUUCGCCCAAAGUGUCCGACACGGUGGUGGAGCCCUACAACGCCACCCUCUCUGUCCAUCAGUUGGUAGAGAACACUGAUGAGACCUACUGCAUCGACAACGAGGCCCUCUACGACAUCUGCUUCCGCACCCUGAAACUGACCACACCAACCUAUGGGGACCUGAACCACCUUGUCUCGGCCACCAUGAGCGGGGUCACCACCUGCCUCCGCUUCCCUGGCCAGCUCAACGCUGACCUGCGCAAGCUGGCCGUCAACAUGGUGCCCUUCCCCCGCCUGCACUUCUUCAUGCCCGGCUUCGCGCCGCUGACCAGCCGGGGCAGCCAGCAGUACCGCGCCCUCACUGUACCCGAACUCACCCAGCAGGUAUUUGAUGCCAAGAACAUGAUGGCUGCCUGCGACCCCCGCCACGGUCGCUACCUCACCGUGGCUGCUGUCUUCCGUGGGCGGAUGUCCAUGAAGGAGGUGGACGAGCAGAUGCUCAAUGUGCAGAACAAGAACAGCAGCUACUUUGUGGAGUGGAUCCCCAACAACGUCAAGACAGCUGUCUGUGACAUCCCGCCCCGGGGGCUGAAGAUGGCGGUCACCUUCAUCGGCAACAGCACGGCCAUCCAGGAGCUGUUCAAGCGCAUCUCGGAGCAGUUCACGGCCAUGUUCCGGCGCAAGGCCUUCCUGCACUGGUACACGGGCGAGGGCAUGGACGAGAUGGAGUUCACCGAGGCCGAGAGCAACAUGAACGACCUGGUGUCUGAGUACCAGCAGUACCAGGACGCCACGGCCGAGGAGGAGGAGGAUUUUGGUGAGGAGGCCGAAGAGGAGGCCUGAGGCCGCGCCUGCACUCCGCUUCUCCGCUCCCUCAGCCUUUUUCCUCAGCUGCCCCUUUCGUCUCCCUCAGAAUUUGCAUUUUUGCCUUUUUUUCUUUCUUUUAGGGGUGUUCUAGAACAAUGCCUGGCACAUAAUAGGGCUCAAUAAAUAUUCAUUGUUUCUUGAA